CUGCAACAUCACCUCAAAUUUAAACUACAGUUUGUCAAUUUCAUCGGUUUCUGAGUAGUUUUCGUGAAGUUGUGGUGUUUAGUUGCUCGAUUAACGUAAUCAAAAUUGCAAUUAUUCAUUAUAGAUUAUGGUGUUCUUGUCUUGGAUUCGCCCUUCUUCCAAAGAGCAGAAGGAUUGCAUUAACAAGUCAGGUACCUUUAAUUAUGACGGUAAGUAUAGGGGAGCUACCGCAAAGCCAUUAUCUAUGCUCAAAGAAGAUAAAGAGCUUUCUAGAGAUGGAUUUUUAAUUAAUCAUUCAAAAAUCUUGGUCGGAUCAGGCUCUGAUGCAUAUGAAAAAGGCAAGAUUGCUCUCCAGAAUUGGAGGCAUUUUGGAUUGAGCUGGACAUUUGUUGAUCCAAAGACACCAAUUGACAAUGGGGUGAAGUUUUGUGUUUGUGUGAAGGAGUUGCUUCCAUGGGUCAUGAUGCCUUUGCAGGUUGUGUAUGUUAACGAAACUAGAAGCCGUAAAUCGGCUGUUGCCUCUUUCGGUUUUGCUGGAGGCACACUCAGAGGACACUUGCUGGCUGGAGAAGAGCGCUUUUCAAUCGAGAUGGAUGGAAACAAACAAGUUUGGUAUGAAGUACUUUCCUUCUCAAAACCAGCACAUGUUCUAUCCGUUAUCGGGUACCCGUAUGUAGUUCUUAGUCAGAAGUAUUUUGCUCACCGAUCUAGUGAUGCAGUUAGAAAAUUUGUGUCCAAUAAGUAAACCCCCGACAUUAUGUCAUUGCAAAUUAACAUUCAUUUAUAUUGUUGUUCCCUGUUAUGAGGAUGAAAGAUUUGGAUAGAAUUCCCCUCUUUUUGCCAUAGUGAUUUCAAGUGUUGGUUCCAGU